ACCUCACAGGACAUUAUUUGCACCGUCAAUAUUCAACAUAAUUGCCUCGAUUCGCAGUGCACGGACAUCCGUCGACAGUCUGUACAUCAAGAACAGAUAGACACCUCUCAAACAAAGGCCACAGUCAAGCAUGAGUCAACGCCGAACUUUUUUCUCAAUGUCUAUUCCAUUCAUAACUACGAUCACAUCCAACGUGUUGUUCCAGAUACACUUCGUGAGACACCGCUUCAGGUUACCAAUGUAGCUGAAGUU